AUGUUCGAAGAAGGAAUUGUAGACCGCAGAGGAGGAGAAAGUAUGUUUAGGAGCCCCAUCCAUAAUCCAUUGAGCGUUGCUUGGUUCAUCUGUAAGCGAGACGGUGGUGAGAUAGGUUCUGUUCCAAAUUGCCAAAUUUCUGAGACCGAGCCCUCCAUUCUUCCUAGGUGUUGCGACCUUUUCCCAUGCAACACGGGCGACAUAUUUACCCUCGAGAGUUCCUUUCCAGAGGAAUGCAUUGCACAUUUUAUCUAUGAGGCUGAUACAUUCUUUAGGAGGGGUUCACAAUUUGCAAUAGAGAGCUUCCUCGUGUUCAGAGGCAGACCGAGGUAUCUGAUAGGGAAGGUGCCUGCUGGGAUGCCGCAAGUCUCUGUGAUUGCAUCAAUUUCGACUUCAGAGAGGCCACUGGAGAAGAAACAUGAUUUUUCUACACUGAUUGAUAGUCCAGAGAAGGCCUUGAAUUCAUCAAGGACCUGGAGAAUCAUCUGUACUGAGUUGAGGGAACCAUCCGUGAAGACUAGGAUGUCAUCGGCAAAGCAUAAAUGGGCCAAACAAGUAAGGCGAUAG